AUCAGGUAUUGGCGAGCUUCCUGUCACCUGGGCGAGGGAGGCAACGCCGGCGCGGCGAGCAGGAGCAGGAGUCGCGAUCAGCUUACAGCGGGGAACUCGGAUGAGCUCCUUCACACAGGCACCAAGGGCGAGGGAGGAUCCUCCACGCCCCUUCACCCAUUGUCAGGGCCACCUCGGCAGUUUCCGCUUGCGCUUCGGCUCCUUUCGGCCGGCCACCCUCCGCCCUGUGGGAGAAAGACGGGGAGCUUCGGCAGCGCCGCCGCCGAGCCUUCCGGGACUCGCUCGAGAGUUCAGUGCACUCACCUGGGAGAAGCGGCGAUCUCCGGCUCCGCCGCCGGCUCCUUCCUGGAAAGAAGCAUCAACCACCUGAUUGAACUCCUCGCGGAGUGUGUGUGUUUGGCCGCGCGCGGUGUAUCCUGCUCACCCCCCGCCGGCGCCUCCUCUCGUCAGCCGCCAGCCAGCCCACCGGCUUCUGGAAGCUUGUCCGCGCCCGGGAGCGAAGUUAAAGGGGGCGCGAAGUUUCCCGCAACUUUCUCUCACCCCCCACCCCGCGCCGGGAAUAUGGCCACCGGGGGCUACCGGGCCGGCGGCGUCACCACCACCACCACAGACUUCCUGGAGGAGUGGAAAGCCAAGCGGGAGAAGAUGCGGGCGAAGCAGGCGCCGACAACGACGGCCGCGGCCUCAGGGGACUGCAAAGCCCCCGGGGCCGCCGCCGCCGCCAACAACACUACUACUACUACAACAACAACUACUACUACUGCUGCUGCUGCUAACGCCGCCGCCACCGCCGAGGUCAACAACAACGGCAGCGGCGCCGGCACGAACUGCGUCCCUGUGGGCAGGAGCGCGCCCAAGGAGCCCCCGCCGAGCACCCCGGCGGCCGGAGCCCGAGCAGGAGUGGCGGAGCCGCCGCCGCCGGGGCCCAAAGGCGUCGUGGCGCCGGGCUCCCCUGAGGAGGAGAAAGUGGCGGCCAAGGGCAAGGGCUCGUCCGGCCCCAGCGCCCGGAAAGGGAAAGGGCAGAUCGAGAAGAGGAAGCUGAGGGAGAAGAGGCGCUCGACAGGUGUGGUGAACAUCCCCACCGCUGAGAGCUUGGACGAAUAUGAUGAUGAUGAAGCAGGACAAAAGGAGCGUAAAAGGGAAGAUGCAAUCACACAACAGAACACAGCGCAGAAUGAAUCAGCCAGUGCAGACCCAAGUGCCUCAUACAUAUUACAGGACACCUCUAGGACAAUUUCAAACAGAUACAAAAGCACAACAAACACACCAGAUGAUGUUUCUAGUAGAUAUUCACGAGCAGCAGACAGAACAGGAUAUAACAGAUAUAGCAGGGAUGCAAAUUCUUCUGGAAACAUUUUACCAAAUAAUUCUUUGGAAAAGAAGGUUGAAGAUCUCGAAAAGGAGCUAGCAAAGGAGAGACAAGAAAACAUCAGGCUUGUGAGGAUAACACAAGACAAAGAGGAGUUAAUUGGGAAACUGAAGGAGGAAAUUGAUUUAUUAAACAGGGACCUAGAUGAUAUAGAAGAUGAAAACGAGCAAUUAAAGCAGGAAAAUAAGACACUCUUAAAAGUUGUUGGACAGCUGACAAGGUAGAAGUUGAAAGACUCAACAAGGAAUGAAAUACGAAAACUACUGAUUGAAUGUUUCAAGAUCAAGGCUACAAUAUGUCUUUGCUGCAAUGUGUCAGAACAACUGUCUUUCUAUUUAUUAUUAUUGAGGGGAGUAGAAUGAAUGUUUUGCAUAAUACUCUUCCUUCAAUGAAAUAGAUUCAGAUUUUGUGUGUACUUCUACACUCACUCCCUUGCAUUUCCCAAGUUAAUUAAUCCAAACACAGACAUCUCAAAUGUCAUGUUCUUGAUUGUUCUGUAUGUCUUUAUUUUGAAUGUGUAUUAUCCAGCUUUUAAGAGCAUUUGAUUGCCAAGAUUGAAUUUUGGUCUAUACAAACAUCACUUUUUUGUCUUUUCCACUCUAAAUGAGUGGAAGUAAUUGGAGUAAACUUUGUUUACACAGAUUCAAAAUAUAUAUUUUGCUACUUGUAAAGUGUGGGUGCCUUACUACAGUACUGAUGUGAAACAUUUUACAGCUGUGUUACUUAUUCUACAAAGAAUCCUGUAUUUUGUGAUUUUAUUUUGUACUAUAUCUGAAAUACUGACAAUGGUAUAUAGUAUCUCCCAUCCCCUGUAUAGCUGCUUUGUGACAGAAAAAAAUGUUUUAUAAAUCAUCAAUCACCAAUCGUUAUCAACACUAGUAGUCUUUAGGAAAAUGUCUGUGUCGUGUAUUAUAGGUUAAUCACAAUGCUUGCGUGUCCACAGGAAAAAUUAUUCUUUUAUACAAGGGGAAAUCCACUCUUUCCAGUUAACAAACGCUAUGGCCUGAUUCAGAUACAAUGAUCAUGGUCCAUUAAACCAUAGUAUUGAACUGAGAACAAUGAGUCUUCAUUUCAUAUCCUGGUUUGCAGUCAGAGAUUCAGUGGGAAACUGGUUUAAGACACCUCCCCCCCCCAGCAUUGCAUCACAGUGCAUGAGGGAACGAAAUGUGGGAGAGUGCAGGACAACGUUUGUUCUCAGUCCAAUAAGCCAUGGUUUAUUGGAUUGAAACUGUUACGGCUGAAUCUCACCUCUAUGAGAGUGGUAUGCUAUGGUUUACAUCAAUUAUUUCUAUCAUGCAAAAUUUAAUAAAGGAUAGUGGAUCAUUUUGUAAGUUUUAUGAGCAUUGGUAUUAAAUGGAUUGUCAGGAUUAUCUGUGAUUCAUAAUGGUUUUUGAAGCUGUGAUAAAAUUUGUUAAUAUAGUACAAAAGGGAAGUUCAUGAUUUUUGGGCCCUCUAAAAGUAUUAUAGAAAAACAUCUGGAAUAACACUAAUAUUUGUUAAAAUAAAGUAUGUUGCAUGUUCUGUUACACACUAA